UUUAAGUUUAGCCUCUCCUUCAUACUAGUCUAUUUUCAUUCUUCAUAAUAAUCACAAAUGGUAAGCUUAUUAAAGCUACAAAAACAACAUAGAACAUUAAAUCCAUACUCUCUUAGAAAAAGAAAAAAAGAAAUGGCGGAUCAUCAACAACAUCAGCAACAACAACAACCAAUAAUGAGGAGUCUCCAUGAAUCAUCACCAUCGACUCGGCAGAUAGUGAGAUUCGUAACGGCAGCUACGAUCGGCCUAUCACUCCUCGUGCUCUCAGGACUAACACUAACCGGAACGGUGAUCGGUUUGAUCGUAGCGACGCCGUUGAUGGUUCUGUUCAGCCCGGUGUUGGUACCGGCAGUGAUAACGAUAGGGCUUUUGACGAUGGGAUUCCUAUUCUCCGGUGGUUGUGGGGUGGCAGCAGCUACGGCGUUAACGUGGAUUUAUAAGUACGUUACCGGAAAACACCCGAUGGGAGCGGAUAAGGUGGAUUACGCGAGGAUGAGGAUAGCGGAGAAAGCCAAAGAGUUGGGACAUUAUACGCACUCGCAGCCACAACAAACACACCAAACCACAACAACUACUCAUUAGAGUUUAAUAAUUAUAUGGAUCUAUAUGUUGUAUUAAGUUUUAUGAUUAUCCUACGUAUGUUUUUUUAAUACUGUUCUUACCUUUUUGAAAAGAUCUAUCUAAAAUUUUAUUUUCUAUUUUCCAUACAAUUUUUUGUGUGUUUAAUUGCUGAUCGGUAUUUUCUGUUUUAUGAUUGUGAAAUAGCUAGUGUAAGGAAAGAUGAUAACGAAUUAAGUAAAUUAAUAAAUGCCAAUUACUUGGUCACCGUCUGGCUUCUAGAAUUAUAUGGUGGCUUUCUUGGUAUAUGUAAAUGUAG